AUGAAGGUCAAGGCGCGACAGCGCGGCGCCCGAAAUUCCGCUGGCCAAAGUCAGCACGAUGCAGCAGCCUCGCAGAACCACAACGAACAGUUAAUUAGCAGUAGUCAGGAGCUGCCCUUGACCUCGGGACGUGGCGACGGAAGCACCAGCAACGCCGCUGCAGGUGGCUCAUCGACUGCCGCUUCCGGGCACUCAACAAAAGCGGCGCAAGGAUCAGCUACGUCUCUCGUUCCGGCAGCAGCAUCCAGGCCCCCACUGGUGAUUGGAACCACCAGUGCAGCCGCCCGACCAACACCCCCCAGUCGCGCCCUCACUCAGCAGCAGCUGCGAAAGCAGCGCCAACAGCAACGGAAUCUGCUCCCACCCGUCCGAGCGCGGGGCGGCCGACAGGCCGCUCGCGACGGCCCCAGAGGCGCUGCCGCGGCUACCUCUGGCCGCGGCGGCAUCAGCAUCAACAGCCGCUCAGCUAGCUUCCCCUCCGCACCCUCCGCGGCGGAGCUGGAUGCGGCUGUGCGGGCGGUGGAGCGGGCGCUGGAGGACGGACCCGUGGGUCGCGAGCGACUGCAAGCGAUGUCAGUGGAGCAGCCUGACCUCUACUCCCAGGUCAUUUUGGCGCUGUUUCAAAAGACCCAGAGCCUAGAGCUUAUUUCCAAGAUGCCGAUGCCCAUGAUACCUGAGCCGGAUUUCCUGUUGGAACCCCCGCUGCCGCCCGGCCCCGACUACGAAGAUCUGGAUCUUGCAUGGGACGAAGGUGAGGAAGGCGACGAGCUGGACCGUUGGGAGGCCAUGAUGGCGGCGGCGGGUGAGUACGGCAACCUGUACGACAUGCCGUACGAUCUGGAUGGUGUUGAUGCCCCUUUUCCCGUUGAGCCGCCCUUCCCGGACUUUGACUACGAGCCGGAGUUUGAUGACGACGAUUAUGGUGACAUGUACGAGGAUGAGUACGAGAGUGAGAUGUACGACGAUGAGGGUGAUGAGGAGGAUGGAGAGGAUGGGGAGGAAGGGGAUGGGUUGGGGUACCUUGAAAACAAGGCAGGGGAGGCCGGAGAAGGCUCGUAUCUAGAUGGCGAGGAUAAGGAGCAGAAGGGCGGGGUGGAGCAGGGCGAGUGGAUUAGGCAGGAGUUCAAGGAGUACGGCAAGUACGACAAGUACGGCAGCGCGUUGGAAACAAAGCCGGCCAUGUUGGCCACGGGACGCACUGGGGCUUAUAGCCAGCGCGCGGCGGAUGGGAGUGAGUACGACGAGCGACCAUCAUUGCCGUACACAACCACUUCCGUACAUCUGGAUGCGGUGCUGGGCACUGACCCCGCCUACGAUUGCGAAGGCGGCCUUGUAAGCGGGCUCCGGAACCUUCACGUGACUGGGACAUCGAAGCAGCCACCGCAAUCCCCGGUUUUGUAG